AUUACACUUGAGUCGAAAUACAUCUUUACAUCACACGUCAGUGGCCACUGAGCUGUCUUCAAAGUAACACGGAUUAGAUAUACGCACUUUGUAAGAAUGUCCGCGUGUUGAUAGUGACAGAUUGUGAUUAGGACUGUGAUUGAACAAUUGUUAGUUUCUUCGAUGGCAGUAUCUACUUUGAACAUGACGCCGUACUUCACCGGAUACUCUUUCCAAGGGCAAGGACGCAUGAAUCAGUUAGGAGGUGUGUUCAUCAACGGGCGCCCUCUACCGAACCACAUCAGACUGAAGAUUGUGGAGAUGGCGGCUGCGGGAGUCAGGCCUUGUGUCAUCUCACGACAGCUUCGAGUCUCACAUGGCUGCGUCUCCAAGAUACUUAAUAGAUACCAGGAAACCGGCUCCAUUCGUCCCGGCGUGAUCGGCGGAUCCAAGCCUAGAGUAGCAACGCCCGAGGUUGAGAAUCGGAUAGAAGAACUCAAGAGACAGAACCCAGGUAUAUUCUCCUGGGAGAUUAGAGAUAAACUUAUAAAAGAAGGCAUUUGUGAUAAAAACACUGCGCCGUCAGUGAGUUCUAUUUCGAGGCUCAUACGAGGAGGCAAAAGGGACGAUACAGAUCCUAGAAGAAACCAUAGUAUUGAUGGUAUUCUAGGUCCGUCAUCUUGUGAAGAUUCGGACACAGAGUCGGAGCCCGGUAUUACGCUAAAGAGGAAGCAGAGACGAUCCAGGACUACCUUCUCUGGGGACCAACUAGAAGCUUUAGAACGUGCUUUUACCAGAACCCAAUAUCCUGAUGUGUACACACGAGAAGAGUUGGCACAGAAGACGAAGUUGACAGAAGCUAGAGUUCAGGUAUGGUUUUCAAACCGAAGAGCAAGACUCCGAAAGCAAUUGAAUUCGCAACAAUUGAGUGCUUUUAACACUAUGUCCUUGCAGUCAGCCUUCCCUCCAGUUCACCAACAAUACGAAACUCCGUCUUCCUUCAACGCUCAGUGCGCCUCCUGGCAGCAAUCGUAUUCCUCUUUGGGUACGAGCUCUGUGCUGAACUCUGCUUUAGCUCCUUCUUUGCAUCAAUCUACUCUCUCGGCGCCUUCAGUGUGUCAAUCUACUUUACCGUCCUCAUUGCAUCCACCAACUUCAAGUUCGUUUUCGUCCGGUAACUUAACUCCUUUAUCUCACUCCUCGGAGAUUGCAACGCCACUCCAAGCUGCAGCUGAUACUACUCCACCAAGUUCAAGUCCAACUACUGCUAGUUCCCCAUCCGCAAUCCAGAGUAGCGGUUUGACCUACCAGCACCCGACAUACCAAAAUGCAGGCGACAUUCCUCAUCCUUAUGCCUACGGGGAUUACGCAAAGCAAGACCACAUGGCACACAACCACUGGACUUCGAGACAACUGACCCACUCUCAGAACAAGUUAGCAGAAGUCAGCGCGUGGCCGGAAAAUUAUAGUCCAUUCUUUGGAAGCAAUGCAUCGCAUUACGUAUCUCAUGCUCACUCACCGACAGAGGCCAAGUCAGGAUAUCCAUACAUCGGACAACUUGGUGGUAUGGAUAUGGGUCGGGUACAUUAAACAGCUUUGAAUAUCAAUGAAAUUAAUAGACCAAGCAUUCUAAAUUAGUUUCUAUUAUAUAUGUCUUAUAUUAGAAUAGACUAAUUAAAAUAAUACACCAGUAUUUACAAUAGACAUUUGUAUACACGUAUAACUCUGACAGUUGUCAGUAUAAGUGCCCUUAACCAUAGAUGAAAUUGAUGAUAUUUUUUAUAAUAGUAAUGUUAGCGUUUGCAUAUCGUCUAACCUGUAUACCUUGGUAGCAUAAGAAUUUUUCAAAUUGAAAGCACAUUCGUGCGGGUCUGUACCAUAUAGGAAUUAUAUUUAGGCACACUAUCUGUAUUAUUUUAUAGCUUUAGUUAAAAGCGUUCCUAAGUAAUGUUAACUAAUUUAAGGUUACAAGUGUCUAAAUGCCGUUUUCAAAUAUAUACUUCAUACAAUUAAAUUUUAGAAAUUCUUGUUUCGUUUCGUUUACUUGCAUUUUACUUUUGGUUUAUUUCUAAACAUGAGAUUUCAUAAGAUUUUCGACAUUCUCUCUCAUGUAUAAGAUAUGAUUUUUACAAAUUUGAGUAUAUUAUGAAGACGGCUUUACUGUAAGUGUUGAAUAUUUUUAAGUAAUAUCAGUAUGUAUGGCCUUGUAAAUUUGUGAUGUAGAAGAAUAUAUUUAUUUUUAGAGAAAAAUGUGCAAAUUGAU